UGUAUCUGCCCAAGGACCCGAUUUGAUACACUAGGCCCUAGAUAAUCUUCCUCAUAAUUGCCUGAAUCCCGAAACAUGUCCGGUUCGUGGAGGGACAGUGUCCCUUCUCCAUCCCGCUCGACCGCACGGUCUCCGGCUUUAUCUAGAACUCCCUCGGGAACAGCUAUCAAUAUCGCUGUACCUACCAGGAUCGGAGCUCUCGGGACGACUUCACCUGGGAUGACCUCGCCGCCAAACUCGGUCGGAGGUGGGAACGGCGCUCCGUCUCCUAGCGAUCCCAAUCAGUACAGGCCAUUUGCGAUCCCUUAUCCUCCUCAAGCGGGAGCUCCUUUAGGUCGAGCCAUCUCCCCGUUCAACCCUACCUCGAAAAAGACAGAGUCGGAGAGCGUAGGUAAAUCCUUCUUGGCACCCUCAGACUUUGGAAAGGACAAGAAGGAACCUCGAUUGGAUGAAGAACCGGUCGUCUUGGGGAUCUGUGCGAUGGAUAUCAAGGCCAGGAGCAAGGCCAUGCGUGAGAUCUUGACGAGACUCGUCCAGAUAGAAAAGGGUGGAGUAGUCGUCAAGCUGUUCGGUGACAUGGUUAUUCUUGAAGAAGACAUCACCCACUGGCCUCCCGUCGACGUCCUCAUCUCGUUCUUUUCGACCGACUUUCCCCUUCCCAAGGCCAUUGCCUAUACGCAGCUCCCCAAUCCGACCCGUCCUCCUCCUAUCAGUAUCAACUCGCUCGCCAUGCAAGCCUUGCUCUGGGAUCGUCGACUUGUCCUCGCUAUCCUUGAUCACAUCGGCGUACCCACUCCCGCCCGAGCCGAGGUUACCAGAGACGGAGGACCUCGUGUCAAUGGAAGACUUCGAGAGCGGGUGAGGAGGGAUCUCGGACUUGUCCUCCCGGGGCCUCUCGGAGAGGGUGAAGACGCCUGGGGUCCUCCUAAUAUUCCCGAACGUUGGGUGCAAAGCAGAGCUAGGAACAGUAACGGGGACAAAAAGUACGGCAAGGUCCCUCGAGGCAAAGAGGUCAUCUUGCGUGAAGAUGGAGAUGCCAUUAUUGUCGAUGGUCAAGUCAUCGAGAAGCCUUUCGUCGAAAAGCCCGUUGAUGGAGAAGAUCACAACGUGUAUAUCUACUUUCGAGGGGGUGGAGGAAGACGUCUUUUCCGCAAGGUCGGAAACAAGUCUUCGGAAUUCGAUCCCAACCUCGUUCACCCUCGAACUACCGGUUCGUUCAUCUACGAAGAGUUCAUCAACGUCGACAAUGCCGAGGAUAUCAAGAUCUAUACCGUUGGUCCCACCUUUUCUCAUGCCGAGACUAGGAAAUCGCCUGUCGUGGAUGGUCUCGUUAGACGAAACGCAGAUGGGAAAGAGACGAGGUUCAUCACUCAACUCGACGACGAGGAAAAGGGCUGGGCCAAGGAUAUCGUCGAGGCUUUCGGUCAGAGGGUGUGCGGUUUCGAUCUGCUCAGGUGUACCCACGAGGAUGGUGGUAGGAGAAGUUUGAUCAUCGAUGUCAACGGUUGGAGCUUUGUCAAGGGAAAUCAGUCUUAUUACGAUAAGGCUGCGGAAAUCCUGUCUAGCGUCUGUCAGACCGCUCGUGAGAAGAAACGCAAGUUUGCCGACAUUGUCGCAGCUCCCGGCGGCGCUUCCGUCAACAAGACCAAGAGCGAAAUGCCAGUUUUGAGUUCCAGUACCCUCAGAGCUACUGUCACUGUGUUCCGACACGCCGACCGAACGCCCAAGAUGAAGCUCAAGUUCUCUUUCCCAGCUAACCAGGCCUGGACAAAGCCGUUUUUGCGUCUGUUGCGGGGAUACCGAGAAGAAAUCAUCUUGCGUGGACCGGGUCAACUGCACUUUAUCGUUUCAGCCGUUGAGGAGGCGCUCAAGCUGGAAUGCGCUCCGGAAGCUGUGAACAAGCUUGAGCAGCUCAAGGACAUGCUCGUCAAGAAAAUGAGUCUGCCUGGAACCAAGGCCCAGCUCAAGCCGGCGUUCUUCAAGAAAAAGGACAAGGAUAAGAAGAAGGACAAGGACAAGAAGGGAACCGAAGAGGACGGCGAGGUUACCGAUAGUGAAACUCGCGAGCGGGUCAAGGAGUGGAUCGAAGAGUCAGGAUCUAUGACUACGCCUACUCCGGGACAUGCACAGCCCUUACUUGCUCCCGGAAGUCCGAGCAAGUCGUCGGCCUCCGCCAAGGACAAGCAUCGAAGUGGGCUUACGUCGCCUUACCCCGAGCUCGAGUCAGCUUCCGCUGUUGCUUCUCCUGUCCUUGCACCCAACGACCCCGCCUUGCCCAAGCCUCAGGAGGCGCUCAGCAACAAGCACGAAUCGAUGUCUGCGGUUACGCCAGAGGAGAUGGACGACGAGGAGGCGAUUCCGGAGGGCUUGGAGAAGCUCCAGUUGGUUGUCAAGUGGGGAGGAGAAAGCACUCACGCAGCGCGUUACCAAGCGAGGGAUCUCGGUGAUACCUUCAAGAAGGAUCUGAUGAUUAUGAACAAGGACGUCUUGAACAACGUUCAAAUCUACACGUCUUCGGAAAGACGUGUUGUAAACACUGCAGAAAUUUUCGCACGAGCGUUGCUUGGCCGGGAACAGUCUUCGUCAUCAAACAUGACGGGUGGUUUGCGCAAGCCAGACGGGGAGGACAAUACACCCUUGAUCGAGCACUUGAUCCAGCGUCGAGACCUGCUUGAUGACAAUAACGCGGCGAAGGAGCUCACGGAUCAAGCCAAGAAGAAGCUCAAGGUCCUGCUUCGGCCCGGCGAGUCCGAGAAGCGGCCCGAACUAGCUUGGCCCAAAUCCUUGAAGAAGGAGCCGUUCGAAGUUGUCAAAGAAACCGUUCAGCAAAUGUCGGAACUGCGGGAAAUCAUGCGACGCAACUUUGAAUCCGGCGCUGUUGACAAGAUGUUACCACAGCGAUGGUGCUCGGGGGACGACGCUCGGAUCGUUUAUGAGCGUUGGCAGAAGCUGUUCGACGACUUUGACGAGAAGAAGAUUGAGAAGUUUGACCCAGCUAGGAUUUCCGAAUUGUACGACUCGCUCAAGCACGACGGAAUUCACAACCGGCAAUUCUUGUUUUCCAUCUUCAACCCAGAAGGCGUUCGAACCAAGGACGGUCAAACGAACCCUGACAGGAGGCUUCAUGAGCUUUACGCGCGAGCAAAGGCUCUUUUCGAUCUGGUGGCGCCCCAGGAAUAUGGAAUCGACAUGGCAGACAAGGAGGAAAUUGGUGUCUUGACUUCGCUUCCGCUAUUGCGAAAAAUCGUUAACAUCCUCAUCGAAGCCAAGGAGACGAGUAGCUCGACUGCCCAGUUCUUCUUCACCAAGGAGUCGCAUAUCCAGACCUUUAUGCACUUGCUCUUAACCUCCGGUCUGCCGCUCUUGCCCGUAUCGCUGCCCCAUCUAGAUUAUGCAAGUCAUCUUACGCUCGAGCUGUACGAGCGAGUCACGGGUUCAGGGAACAAAGUGUUUACUAUAAGAUUGGCGGCUUCCGAGGGAGCUCACUCUGACGCAGUCUUUGACUCGUCUGUCGAUGCUCGUCAUACUCUGUCGGUCCAGCCGCGGUACAAGCUCACUUCGCAUAUCGACUUUGACACGGCUCUUGCAUGCCUGACCAAGCACUUCAACUCCUCUCACAUAUCCUCGACCACCCCUCUGGAGGGCGACCAAGUAUACCUCAAACGGGAAGUGCACGACGAGGCUGUGUUGCCGUUGUCCGCUCUCUCUAGGCUCGGUGACGAUACCCCGCGACAUAUCAGCUCUGCCGCAAGCGACCGAACCCACGCCAGCGAUUGGUGAUCUAAGCGACUCUUGAGGAGUAUUCCUGUUUUUAGGGACAACAUCCAGGAUACGUAAUUUACAAGUUGACUGUUAUCUCGCAAUGCUGUCGCUGUAUGAUAUUGCCCGCUUGAAAGGCUGCUCUCAGCGAUCUAUCAGAACCGAUUUGCGCCGCAACGGUGAACCAGUUUGUCACGGCUGGCUGCGUGAUCCCUCGGACAUGAACCAAAGCCAACAGCGGUUGUUUCAACAUAAAGCCAGCCAUCUCCACGUCAUGGACUGUGGCCGCAAGCGCCUAACGCUCUUAACCAACGGGCAGACCAGGUAUUGGGG